AUGAAGGAAAGGAAGAGUGCUGCUGUCAUUGCCGUUCUCUUUUUGGUGUGGAACAUUGCUGUGACCUUGACACUCCCGCAAAUUGAUAUCUUUGCUGAAGAGAAUCAGGAACCACCACUUGACUCUAUUUUCUACGUCUCCCCUGUGACCGACGCCACACAGGAUCCGACUCGAGUUCAGACAGAGGAAACAGACACUGAUUCGCAGGAACUUAUUCGCCGAACAAGAGUCGCUGCAACAGACCCCAAAACAGUCCCUUCACCCCCUGCAGCAGAACCAAAAACAAUCCCUUCAUCCCCUGCAACAGACCCCAAAACAAUCUCUUCCUCCCCUGCAACAGACCCCAAAACAAUCCCUUCCUCCCCUGAAGCAGAACCAAGAACAGCCCCUUCACCCCCUGUAACAGAACCAAAACCAGUCCCGCGACCCCGUACGAAUGGCCCAAAACCAGGCAAGAAGUCACAAGAUCUUAAAGAAGAUGUCAGGCGGCUGGCUGAAAUGCUAAAACAUCUUCACGGUGGAGACAUGUGGCAUGUGUUUCUUAAGCUGGAGGGGACAAUUAACAAGACAGCUUCGCGUCCCGCGAUUCGUCUUGCCCACGAGUACAGUCGUGAAUCUUUACAGGAGACAAGACUAUGCCGCACAGCGGCAAGAUUGGCGCGUCUGUCCACAAUGCUGGUGGCUGCGAAAUUAACUUCUUAUGAACAGGAACUUAGUGCUGCUGCGCACCAGCUGGCUACUGCUAAAGUGGCUAUGGCACGGGCCGCAGAUUUUCCAGACGUGCGCCCCAAAGUGAUACUGCCCAGUGAAAAGUCGCUCAGGAAACUGGAGCGGGGGUUCCUGAUUCAGAAGAAGGAUCUGCGCCUCGCAAGCGAACUUGCUAGACAUGCCUACGCAUUAUUCACGAGGCAUGAAGCGAAAGCAAUUCUAUCAUUUCUCUCUCUAGAAGAAGAGGCUCUGGAGUUCCGCGCGCUUUACCUCCAAAGCCGUCUUGAGGCAUUGAAGGCCGACUUGGAGGCUGUCAAAGGGUUGGAAAAGCAUGGCACCGAAAACCAGGGACCGCCCUAUGGCGUUUUGACUGAAUCCGAACUGUCAUCGCUCAGAGACACUGCAGAGUCUCUUAUAAGACAAGCUGUUUUGAAGGGUGCGUUUUUACAGGAACCCACCAUUGCUGCAGGUUUGGCCUUCGUAUUUUCAUACGACGCUCCUGAGCCUGAUUUUCUCCAAACGUCCGAGUUUUUGGAUGAAGUUGCCGACGACGUUGUGCGGCUGUCGGAAGCAGUGACGAAAUUUGCGAACCGAUCCUGA